GAAAUUAAUUUGAAAAUAAAAGCUACAGAAUUCCAACACUCCUAUAAUUCCAUUAUAUUCCAACCUUACAAAAAAACCUAUGACAUUUCAAACAUUAAUCACACACCAAACCAAAAAAACUCCUUAUUCAUCAAACAAACUUUUGUUUUAACUCAAACAACCUUCAAUUCAAAGAUUUAGAAAAAUAUUGAAGAAAGAAAAUCCGGGUGAAACGGCUGUGAUUGCUAUCGCCAACAAUGCAAAAAGAAACUUGUAGAAAAAGGUACAGAGAAUCAAGAUAAAUGCUCCAAUGGCGCCAUAAACAGAUUGAAGUCAGAAUAGUGGGAAGCAAAUGGGACUAUUUCAAAGCUCAAAAUCCAUUUGCCCCAGCAACAAGCAUUGUUCGGAAUGGGUAAAGAAAAAUAUGAAAUACUGCCUUUGCAAUGCUAAAGAUGGAGUUUCGCUCACUCUGGGAAUGAUUAGUGUUAUCAGUUGGGGUGUAGCUGAGAUACCCCAAAUCAUUACAAACUACAGGGAAAAAUCUUCUGAAGGCCUGUCUCUUGCCUUCUUGCUAACAUGGAUACUGGGAGAUCUUUUCAAUGUUUUUGGCUGCAUAUUGGAACCAGCAACACUUCCAACUCAAUACUACAUGGCAUUGUUGUAUACGAUCACAACAGGGAUUUUGCUUACACAGACCUUAUAUUAUGGGCACAUAUAUCCUCAAAUGAAGUAUCGGCGGAGACAGUGCAAGGGUCUUGUUCAGAGUGAUGCCAAUGCACAGAUUGAUGCACAUGAUAAAGUCCAACAGAGUUAUGGCAGUGUUAAUGUGAAAAUCAACAAUGACGAUGACAUGAGCAAUUUCAAUACUUCAAGAAGAGAAAGGGCUUCAACUAAUCCUAUUCCUCUUCCAAUGCUUCGGCAAAAUAGUUCCAUGGGACGAGAACUAUACUACAUGUCAGCAAGAUCUCUAUCAAGGAGUCAUACUCCCACAGCAGGGUCUUUUUUAACACAAAAAAUGACUCCUCCUCAUACUCAGAACCCAAUGCAAGAGCCUCUGCUUGAUGGAAAUGAACCAUCGCCAUCUGCAACGCCUCCCAAUGUCAAGAAUAUGCUAUGUGUGGUCUCCAUGUUGACUUUCGUUGGCACACUCAAUCACCAUCAAUCUGCAGAAAGCAGAUUUCACAGAGUCUCUGACAAUCCGAAAAAAGGAUUUGUCAUACCAGUAGGUCGAAAGCUUUUACAGGUUGCUGGCGAUCUGUUGCAAAAUAAUGGCAACGAAGGAAGCAGUGGAAUUGGAACUUACCUUGGUUGGGCAAUGGCAAUUAUAUAUAUGGGUGGACGACUUCCUCAAAUUUGCUUGAAUAUAAGAAGGGGCCAUGUUGAGGGUCUUAGUCCGUUGAUGUUCAUUUUUGCUUUAAUUGGAAACUCCACGUAUGUAGCAAGUAUACUUGUAAGCAGUACAAGUUGGUCGAAGAUCAAACCAAAUCUCCCAUGGCUUGUGGAUGCAUUUGGAUGUGUGCUUCUCGACACUUUUAUACUGAUACAAUUUAUAUAUUACCACUACCGGAUACAACAAGAUGAAGAAGAUAAGCUCUUGUCGCCAAAUGAAACUUAGGAUUGAUACGGUUUUAAUAUGACAAGGAGACGAAAUGAUUGCUAAGGUAAUUCGUCGUACGGGCCCAGUUGAAGCUGCAAUGGACGUGUAACUGAUGUCUUUCCUGGCUUCCUAUGUGCAAUCAUGCACAAGCUUUACUCGGCCAAGUUAAUAGACAGCUCUGCUGGCUCUCAACUUUAUCGUUCUAAUAGUCGGUCAAUUUUGGAACACAAAAAAAUACAAAAUUCACACAUCGAUUUCUCAUUCUUUAGUCUUUUAGAAUUUGAUUGAUGCUUGAGUUUAUGUCUUUCCAAGUUAACAUCACAAAUCUGGAUUCUAUUUGAUCAUAUUGCAUAAAUGGAUGGUGUUUGGUUGGAAUA